UACAUCUUCACCCUCGGCAGUAAGAUGUAUUUUUAAUCAUAUCCAACUCUACGAUAAAAUUAAUAAUCAAUAAAUAACUUAAGUAAUUAUAAUGAAUUUAAUUAAAAAAACAUAUAUAUUUGGAUUAAUAUUAAUUAUAACCUUAGGCACUUUUACAGCUUCAAUUAGCAUUAACGACACUACAUAUUUUCAAACAAGACAACUUAGCGGGCAACAAUAUGGACUCGAGUAUAACUUACAAAAUUAUACACGUAUGAGACAUUCUGGUAGUCGUUCAAAACCAUUAUUUGACUGGACGAUUCCUACUGUAGAAACUACUACUAGCCGUGAAGAAAAAAAAACCGCUCAAGUCAUUAUUUCAAAAUUAGAUGAGGAUGAACGAGUAAAAAAUAACGUGUGGUGGCCAUGGAAAAAUUAUAAUGAUUGGCUAAAUAGUAAAGGGUUAAAAGUAGAGCCGAAGAAGAAGGAACACAAAAAGAGAAAAAAUAAGAAGCGAAAAAAAAACAAAAAGAAUGGAAGUAAAAAAAUAAAUUACAAUGCAGAAAAAAAUCAAAUGAAAUCACUUGAAAAUAAAAAUAUACCAAUAAUUAAUAGAGAAGAUAAUGAAAUCUUAAAAAAAGGUUCAAUUCCUGAUAUACGAUACAAAUCAUCUCUCAUCGAUGUGGUUUUUAAAAAUGCUUCAUUGGUCCCAUCACUAGUAAAGUAUAGUUCAAGAAAUUUUACUUAUGAUGUAAAUGAAUGUUUGAAGAACAACGGAGGUUGUGAAGGUUUGUGUAUAAAUACUCCAGGUUCAUAUCGCUGUCAUUGUCCAUCGGGCUUUCUAGUUGCUGAUACACAGUGUUUGGAUGUUGACGAGUGCGUACUACGCAACGGCCACGGACCAUGUCAAGGUACAUGUAUUAAUACAUGGGGGGGGUAUAAAUGUUCAUGUGACGAUAUUCCGGGUACCAAAUUAGCCGAAGACAAACAUUCUUGUGACGACGUAGACGAAUGUCGGGAAGGUACCUCUGGUUGUUCUCACGACUGCAUUAACACGGUCGGUUCAGCCUUUUGUGUAUGUCCAGAUGGUCUGGAGCUGGAUUUAGACUGGAAAACUUGCAAAGAUAUCAAUGAAUGUUCCGAUCCAGAACUUGAACAAGAAAAGUGUAAUGGAAAAUGUGUCAAUACUUUCGGUUCAUACAAAUGCUUGUGAUAUUAGAAAUUACUUUUUUUUUUUUUUGUAUAAUCGUUAACAAUUUUCCUUUAAAUUAACCACUAGUCACAUUUGACCUUUAAUGUAUAAUUUAGUGAUUAAUUAACUUAUAAGUGUUGAAUAAAUUUAAUCAUUAACUAAUAAUAUAUACAAGAAGAAUUAUUAUUAGUUUGGAAAUGUAUAAAACAUUUUUACUUUCGAUAAUUAAAUAA